AUGCCUCACCAGCCAGUUAUUCGACCUGACAAACCCGUGAGAGUUGUAUUUGAUGCAUCCAGCCAUUCGAAAAACGAAUAUUCUUUAAACGAUUGUCUCUAUUCCGGUCCUAAUUUAAAUCCACCAUUGUUAGAGAUAUUAAUACAAUUUCGUACACAUGGCGUAGCAUUUACUGCCGACAUUGAACAAGCCUUUGUCCAGAUUUCUCUGUCACCUGAAGAUAAGGAUGCUGUAAGAUUUUUGUGGGCAAAUAACCUUACAGAUAAGGAUGGGAAACCUAACAUGAAAAGACUAAGGAUGACUCGCGUUUUGUUUGGAGCUACAUCCAGUCCAUUUCUGCUUGCAUCUACUAUCAAACACCACAUAGAUACCUUCAAAGAAACAAAUCAGAAAGCAGUCAAACUAUUGAAUAAAUGUUUAUACGUAGACGAUUUAAUAGGUGGGGAUGAAGAUGAAAACGAAGUCAAACUCAUAUAUGAAGAUAUUAGAUAUAUAUUGAAGGCUUCUGGUUUCAACAUGCGAAAAUGGGAAACAAAUUGUGCGAUCUGCAGAAAGUUUUUGAUGAAUAAGAAAAUGGUGAAAUCCAGAAAGUUCUGGAACAGAAGGUAUUGGGAUAUAAAGAAUUACAAGGAAGACCUUCUGAAGAUAGAAUCACAAAAUCUAACUAAUCAAGCUCAAGAGGAAACAAAGCUAAUGACAAAAAGAGAAGUUCUUAAAACCAUUGGAAAGCUUUACGAUCCCAUUGGAUUUAUAAGCCCAUUCACUAUUAGAGCAAAAUACUAA